AUGCAUCUCAGUCUUGUUCUUCUGUCAGCCCUUGCUGGGCGUGCCACUGCCACCCCUUGCCCACCCUGGAUGGGCCAUGUCGCAUCUUCAUGGGCGGAGGCUGCUUCCAGGCUGUCAUCUGUUGUCGCUGAAAUACCUACUAUGUAUCCCGGAGGGCGAACAGCGCCUCCUAAUCGCGCUCCUGCUGCUACAAGCACUAAGAAAGGAAAAAGGCUUGUUGCAACAUCACCAGCCACUGUUGACGCCGACAAGGUGUCAACGACUGAGGCGGCCUCUUCUUCUACAAGCUCAGUCUCCCCAGCCAGUGUCUCUUCAACCGAAGAUGUGCUGGUGACGCAGAUUACUACAACCAUUACCGUAACUCCCACUGUCGCUGCUUCUACAUCGGCCACUACUUCUACAUUGACUACUUCUUCUUCAUCGGCCACUGCUACAUCUACCGAUGAGACCGCUGACGACGAUUCAAAUCUGGAACGCCGUGACGAAGAUGAUGAGAACUCUGGAAAGCGAGUCGAUGGAGAGGUAGACCUGCAGAGAAGCUCUAAAGAAGCGGCCCUCGAGCUGGAGGAGGCAUACGACCUGCAGCACACAUUCGAAACCGCCGUCCUAAAAUGGGCUGAAGCUCAAAAUGAGCACGAGAGGCAGCGAAAGGUUCUGAAAAAAAUCGAGGCGGAAGUCAAGCGCAGGAUAAACAGUGCCCUUGAUUUGGUGAAAGAGAUUAAGGACAAGCAAGAUUCCACGAUGUCAAAGGAGAAGGAGCAAGCAAAGACAGAGGAGGCGAAACCCAAAAACAUCAUCAAGCGCAACGAGGGAGAUGGUGGCGGAUGUGGAUGCGGACGCAGUACCAAGCGUCAGCAAAGUAGUCGCGGUUCAUGGGAGAAUGGUUAUGGAUGCGGACGCAAGACCAAGCGUGGAGGAGCGCGAGAUGACAUAGAUGGUCACGGAUGUGGACGCAAGACCAAGCGCGGAAUCUGGGAAUAUCCUUUGCGCAACAAGGAUAUCCGAGGCGCCAAGCAUGUGCAGGAGGAGGACGAACUAUACGAGAGCAUUGGAAAGCAGCUGGAGAAAGGCCUUGAAAAGAAAGAGAAGAAAGACAGGCCCAUAUACCUGAUCACUGAAUCGAUGAAAGUCUAUAAGUGCUCCAGACCCAAUGGGUGCGACCUGUACGAUUUCCAAAACUUCGACGUGGAAGCCGACGACAGACAUCAUUUCAAGCAAGUCGGCAAGGAGACCCAAACAGACAAGGAAGAAAGGCUAUCCGAGAAGGGGGCAAAGGAGGAGAAGCAAGACGAACAAAAGUCUGAACCUGACCCUGAAGCUGAAGCUGAUAGCUCCAUGCUUGCUAAUGGAGACGAGAAGCAACAAUACGAGCGCAUCUCAGCACUCUAUAUGCAAUACCGCAGCAUGCUUGUCAAGCCCAUCCAGAAAGAUCUCGAUCCUAUCCUCAAGAACUCCAAGUACAAGGAAGACAAGGUAAUGGCGGCGCAGUACCACAAGGGCAACGAGCGAGAACAGCGUAAGCGACUGACCCGGCUCUACAUGGACUAUCGUUACAUGCUUGUGUCCAAGUGGCAGCAGGCACUUGACCCUAUCCUUCAUGAUGAAUCUUCCGACGAUUAG